CCGCCGGGAAGGAGGCGGUGUCAUGGCGGCGGCGGGCCCGGAGCGGCCGCAGCCCGCAGCGCUCGCCCUGCUCGGGCCGGCGCCCGGCGCGCCCAGCUGCCCUCACGGUCCUGCGCUUCUGUUUGUGAAGACCAGCCAGGGAAAAGAGGAAGGAAGAAGAUUCUAUGCUUGUUCGGCUUGUAGGGAUAGAAAGGAUUGUAAUUUUUUUCAGUGGGAAGAUGAGAAGGUGUCAGAAACUAGGCUUGCAGCACGUGAAGAAUAUAAUAGAAAUCAUCAGCCUUCCUUUACACACAGACAGAACGUGGACAGGUACAAGAAUUUUGUUCUGCUGCCGUUAUCAAAGAGGAGGUUUUGCCAGGAAUGCCAGCAAUUGCUAUUGCCAGCAGAAUGGGAAAAACACGCAGAUCACCAGUUCCUGUGUAAUAUCACAACUGACCAGCUGAAAAGUCCAAGUCAACUUCUAUAUCCACUGGAGAAUAAAAAAACAAAUGCACAGUAUUUAUUUGCAGACAGAAGUUGCAAGUUCCUACUGAAUCUCCUUAUAGAUUUAGGAUUCAGACGAGUGCUCUCUGUUGGGACACCCAGGCUUCAUGAAAUGAUCCAGUCAAAAGCAACACAAGAAGAAGAAUUCAGUGUUAGAAGCCUUCUGCUAGAUAUUGAUUUCAGGUAUUCACAAUUUUACACAGAGGAUGAAUUCUGCCACUACAACAUGUUCAAUCAUCAUUUCUUUGGUGGAGAGGCUGCACAUGAAACUUGCAGGAAAUUCUUGUAUGAAGAGAAUGGUGAAAGAGUCAUUAUGGUAACUGAUCCCCCAUUUGGAGGUUUAGUGGAAGCACUGGCUUCUAGUUUUAAAAGACUGAUGGCAAUGUGGAGUGAGACAGAAAAAGAAGUCUUUCCAUUACUAGGUCAUGACAAAAAAGAGAUGCCCAUGUUCUGGAUAUUUCCAUACUUCUUUGAGUCUCGCAUUCUUGACUUUUUCCCAAGCUUCAGUAUGAUGGAUUACCAGGUAGACUAUGAUAAUCAUGCACUGUAUAAACAUGGCAAGACAGGUCGUAGACAGUCUCCCGUUCGUAUUUUCACGAACCUUACCCCAAGUAUGGUUGUGCUUCCUGAAGAAGAGGGAUAUAGAUUUUGCACUGUAUGUCAACGAUAUGUUAGUUCUGGUAACCAGCACUGUGAGAUAUGCAAUUCAUGUACAUCAAAAGAUGGCAGACGAUGGAAACAUUGUGCUCUUUGCAAAAAAUGUGUUAAACCCUCUUGGUUUCACUGUAGCAAUUGCAACUGCUGCACUCUGGAGAAGCACAACUGUGAGAAGAGUGAUGUUGGCUGUUUUGUCUGUGGCAAGGCAGGUCACAAGCGCAGUGCCUGUCCCAGUCUCUCCCACACCAGAACAGCUUGUCAACUUAACAAAAAGAAAGGGCAGAAAACUCGAAAGAGAGUAAAGAUGGGCAUCUGUAAAAGAUUAGCUAUGAAACAUGCCAUAUUCUCCAAGAGGAAAGUGAAGAAUAAGAAAAAAAAGACAUGACUUUUAUUACUGCUACAUAUUUGCUAAUUUAUUUUUUAUUGUCAGCCUUUUGUUCCAUUUUCUAAAAAUGUAAGUGCUAACAUCCAGAAUAAAACCUGAUUGAAUUAAGUGAC